CUCUCUCUCCCUCUGAAGCUUCUUCUUCUCCCUAAUUCUUCGUAAUCUCAGCAGUAAGCUCAUUCUAAUCGAUUUAUCGUGAGAUUAUUUUGGUUAGAAAUAAUAAUUAUUAGCGUGGAAAGAUGGGAGAUUCCGACAACGACUCGGGCGGCGGGCACAACAGCCCGAAGAGCGAGCUGUCGCCGAGGGAGCAGGACCGGCUGCUGCCGAUAGCCAACGUCAGCAGGAUCAUGAAGAAGGCGCUGCCGGCGAACGCCAAGAUCUCCAAGGACGCCAAGGAGACGGUGCAGGAGUGCGUCUCCGAGUUCAUCAGCUUCAUCACCGGCGAGGCCUCCGACAAGUGCCAGCGCGAGAAGCGGAAGACGAUCAACGGCGACGAUCUGCUCUGGGCCAUGACCACGCUGGGCUUCGAGGAGUACGUGGAGCCGCUCAAGGUCUACUUGCAGCGGUUUAGGGAGAUCGAGGGGGAGAAGACCAGCAUGGCCGCGCGUGAUAAGGACGCGAGUAGCGGCAACGGCGGGGUUGUGGGGUUUGAGGGAGGUGGGAGUGGCGGCGGCGGAGGAGGAGUCUACUGGCAGCAGCCGCAGCAGGGACACGUGUACGGCGGUGGGUUUCAUCAGAUGGGUGUUGGCGGGGUUGGGAUGGGAAAAGGUGGGCCUGGAUCCAACAUGGGUAGGCCCAGCAGAUGAGUUUGGAAAUAAUUUCCAUUGUUAAUUUUCCCCCGUCUCAAAUACUCUGUAAACUCCUGUUACUAUUUAGUGUCCUGAUUAAGACUUUCUCUUUGUCAGAAAAAAAAAAAACUCGUGAAUUUGAGUGAUAUUUGUACA